CAUUAUAUAAGUCCGGGAGAGAGAGAGAGAGAGAGAGAGAGAGAGAGGGAGAGGGCGACAUGGCAACCGCAAUCGCGAGAUCUGCUUUCCGGAGUGCACUGCGCGGUGGCCGACGGGCGCCGGCUUCGAAGAGAACCUUUGCUUCUUCUGCUGGACACGACGAUGCCUAUGAAACGGCAAAGUGGGAGAAGAUAACCUAUGCUGGCAUCAUCACGUGCUCUGUUUUGGGAUUCAUUAACCUCUCAAAGGGCCAUCAUCAUGAUGAAGAGCCUCCUUUAUACCCAUACCUGCACAUCCGCAAUAAGGAGUUUCCUUGGGGUCCCGAUGGCCUUUUUGAGAGGAAGCAUCACUGAUAUUUGAAGGCAAUUUGAUGGAGACUUGUUUACAUAGGAAUAAUGAUUCUUCAAUUUAGUUAGUGUCACUGUUAUACAGCUAUUCGCAUUUUGCCUUGCAUUUUGCUGGUGGCAUUAUGUACUUUUUUAUGUUUCUUUCUUCUGCUGAGCAGUUCUUCCCUCUUUGAAAAUGGUUGACUUUUAUGCUCUGUGGAUGAUGCCUUGUGUGGGUCGGUUUCUUGAUUUGUGUUUGGAAGAUCCAUCGAUCAAACAAAGCGCCCCAUGCGAUCUGAUCGGUGUCUGAAGUACCUUGUCCGAUGUUUGACAUCUAAAUAUUCUUCAACUUUGGUCAAUUUUACGAUUGCUGUA